AUGUCCUUACAGCAGAAGGCAUCGAUCUUGCAGAGUCACUGCAGCCACAGCUUAAGCCUGGAAGACGCUGCUAAGGGCGGCGAAGGAAACCAGCAAACCCUCGCGUGCUCCGCCGCUUCCUGCCCACCAAGGACACUGCAUCCCUGGGUCACGGAGCGCCCAGGCACAGCUCGCCGCCCCGAGAGCCGCGCAGGAAGCCCCAAGGAAGCCGAGCCCGUCCCGCAGCUCCCGCAGGAGGGGCGGACCAAGGCGGCCGCUCAGGCGCGGUGCGCACCCGCGGGCGCGGGAGAGCCGCAGCCCCCCUGCGCCAUCCCGGUGCCGCCGGAGCCUGCAGCCAACCCCAGCCCUUCCCCCGGGAAAACACACACAGGCGGGCGGACUGACGGGCGGGCGGGCCUUCCCAACACACACAGUCCCGCCGCCCCUGCCCAAUGCGCAGCUCUGGGGCUCUCCCGGGGCGCCCCUCUGCCUCAUCCCCCCCGUGCAGCGCCCCCCGCCGGCCGCCCCGCGCUACCUGCGCUCGCCGCCUCCACCGCCGCCUCCUCCCGGCCCGCGCGCCGCUUCCGCCCGCGCCGCGCGCCCCAAGCCCCGCCCCCCGCCCGCCCGGCGCCGCGGGCGCCCCCCAGCGGCGGGAGGGAGCGGCGGCAGCGGCGUCAGGGCCGGGGGGCCCCGCGGGGAGUUUGUGCUCCUCCGUGCCCUGGGCUGCGGAACGGAGGUGGGCAUGUUUGGUCUGGAGAAAAGUGA